UUGCGUGUCAGACGUAGAGGAUACGUUGAUACGACAUCCCGCCAAACUGUUCGGUUCCUUUCCAAUUGCGACCGUCAACAAGUUCAGUCUGUUGGUGAACGCCACUCUACACAGUUGUCUUUACAAUUCCACUCUAUAAAAGGGGGGACACCCCUUUCAAACUACGAGAACGACUCAAGUGGUCAAGAAUCACAACAACAAAUGGAAAUGGCGCACAUUUCGUUGGGUGUUUUGAAUAACAUUCCAGUCAUCGGUCAUCUUAAAGGCGUCAUUCAACGUCUGUUCGGUGAUGGAGAAGCAGCAGAUCAAACGAUUUCAGAAGCCAAUCGCACGACGGCUGUGCUGUUCGCAGGUGCGGCUGGAUUCUAUCUGGCCGGUGUUCCUUUGGCCGUCCUGUUGGGCGCAACAGCCGGUGCCGAAUGGGAUCUAGGGUCAAUCAUCCCCUCUAAUGGAGAAAAGAUUCAAGGCGUUUGUAAAAUUGUUGAAGAUCCAGCCAAUUUGAAUGCGUGGAUAGAUGCGACUGUUGAUGCGACAGCCGACGGCCUUACGGGCGCUUACGGGGGCAAAAUAGUCCAAGCAGCUAAGAAAACAGCAGCUGGCCUUAAGGAGGCGAAGUCCAGUCAGGAGAUACAGACCGAAGCGAUAGAAACAGCGGACGAAUCCUCGCCGACAAAAACUUGCGACGUCGUCACGUGCCGUACAAGACUCGAAUCGCAAUCAGCAGGCACGUCCAAAGUUUAAACUUCAUUCCAACAAUGUCUGCUCGAAUACACUAAUAAAUGUCGUG